AUGGGUGGUGUCACCGUUCGCGAUGUGGACGCGCAGAAGUUCAUCUCUGCUUACUCUGCGUUCUUGAAGCGUCAGGGAAAGCUCCCCAUCCCUGGAUGGGUUGACACUGUCAAGACCUCUUGCUCCAACGAGCUCCCUCCCCAGAACGCUGACUGGUACUACGUCCGUGCCGCUGCCGUCGCUCGUCACAUCUACCUCCGCAAGACCGUUGGUGUUGGCCGCCUCCGCAAGGUCCACGGCUCCGUCAAGAACCGUGGCUCCCGCCCCAACCACCACGUCGAUGCCUCCGGCUCCGUCGACCGCAAGGUCAUCCAGUCCCUUGAGAAGAUCGGUGUCCUCGAGCACGACGAGGAGAAGGGUGGCCGUCGCAUUACCCAGUCCGGCCAGCGUGAUCUUGACCGUAUCGCCAAGACCACCGUUGACGAGGAAGAGGAGGACGACGAGUAA